AUGUUCGAAAGUCCAUCUCUAAUGCCUCCUUAAAAUUUUAAUCUCAACUGCUGAUACUUGAAUAUAUUUGUUUGAUUGGUAUUUCAAUGGCGGAGGCAGCCAAUGUGCGUCAAAAUUUACAGAAUGUACCAUCGAUAUUUGAAAUAUCAGCGGCUGAAACGCUGGACAAUCUUAUCUACCCGGCUUUGAGUAAAAUUUUCGACUACUUUGGCCUACGAUUGGACUUUAAGCUCUGGGGUUCAUUUAGGCUGAAGGAGGAACUCUCACCCUUGUUGACAUGGAUACUCCAGUUGGUUUAUUUGCGUAAUCGCGCAUCCUCCUUUGGAGAGAGUUUCUAUGGACUGCAAAGAACAGACACAAAAACCGGGGAGCUCUUGACAAGGCGCCAGCAAUGGACGUCCGCCACUCUGCUUACCAUUCUACCCUAUGUGGAACGCAAACUAAGGCAGCGAAGUGCCCAUCAAGAUGAUACUUACAAAUGGGAGGAAUAUGCCAUCAAUCUGUUCCAUGCAUACAAUGCCUCCAAGGCAGUGCAUACAUUCCUGUACCUUAUUAAACAAGCUCGAAGUCAUUCACCUAUCUUCCGGGCCAUGAAGCUCACUUUGCGAUACCCAAACGAACCUCCGAAGGAGGACCAGUGGACCUAUAUAUUUCUUAAAAUGCUGGAAGUACUGGCCUUCUUUUUACAAUUUAUCCAGUGGUGGUACUCCAAUGAUCAGCGACGCAAAGUGGGCGGUUCCUUACAGAAUCCGGAAGCUAAACCCUUAGAUUCAGAUGGAGGACUGCCCGAUGAGGUAAAGCAGUCACUGCCCAAACGUGGCGAAUGCCCAGUGUGCCUGCUCCCAUUCCAAACACCAACAGCCUGCUCAGUCUCUGGUUAUGUAUAUUGCUGGAAAUGCAUCAUUAACCAUUUGAAAGAGCAUGGAGCUUGUCCGGUGACCCAUUAUCCGAUAAGUUUGGACGAUCUAGUUAGAAUUUAUGAAACGUAGCCACAUAGAGUAGAAAAAGUAUUGUUGUUGUUAAUCUUUUUAUCAUUUUUAUACACUUUUUUAUACAAUAAAUACACGCAUAAUUUA